UAACAAAAUAAAUUAACCUCCAAAGUUGAAUCCAAGUGAGUCCCUUCGACCCUUGGUUUGAAUGAGGAGGAGGCACUGUCACUGUUACGCUCCACGAACAUGGACAUUUGGACAAUGGGUAAUCGUUACUUGGCCCAACUCUCACACACUUCCUUCGCACGUGCCGUCCACGCUCACAUCCUCACCUCCGGCUUCAAGCCAUUCCCUCUCAUCAUCAACCGCCUCAUCGAUCAUUACUGCAAAUCCUUCAACAUCCCCUACGCCCGCUACCUGUUCGACAAAAUUCCCAAACCAGACAUCGUCGCCGCAACCACCAUGCUUUCCGCCUACUCCGCUGCCGGCAACAUCAAACUCGCUCACCAACUCUUCAACGCUACACCAAUGUCCAUUCGUGACACCGUCAGUUACAAUGCCAUGAUCACUGCCUUUUCCCACAGCCAUGAUGGUCAUGCUGCUCUUCAACUCUUCGUACAAAUGAAAAGGCUCGGUUUUGUCCCCGACCCCUUUACCUUCUCAAGCGUUCUUGGCGCACUGUCGUUGAUAGCUGAUGAAGAGACGCAUUGUCAGCAAUUGCACUGUGAGGUUUUUAAGUGGGGUGCACUCUCUGUGCCUUCUGUUUUGAAUGCUUUGAUGAGUUGCUAUGUUUCUUGCGCCUCUUCGCCGUUGGUGAACUCUUGUGUGUUGAUGGCUGCUGCUAGGAAGCUAUUUGAUGAGGCACCUCCCGGUCGGAGGGAUGAACCUGCUUGGACUACCAUCAUUGCUGGCUAUGUCAGGAAUGAUGACCUUGUUGCAGCGCGUGAGCUUCUUGAAGGAAUGACUGAUCACAUUGCUGUUGCAUGGAAUGCCAUGAUUUCUGGCUACGUGCACCGCGGUUUUUAUGAGGAGGCAUUUGACUUGUUGAGGAGAAUGCAUUCAUUGGGAAUUCAGCUGGAUGAGUACACUUACACCAGUGUAAUUAGUGCUGCUUCUAAUGCUGGGUUGUUCAAUAUUGGAAGACAGGUGCAUGCUUACGUUCUCAGAACAGUGGUGCAGCCUUCAGGGCAUUUUGUUUUAUCUGUGAAUAAUGCUUUGAUUACUCUCUACACCAGAUGUGGUAAACUAGUUGAGGCCAGGCGAGUUUUCGAUAAGAUGCCGGUGAAAGAUCUUGUUUCGUGGAAUGCAAUUUUGUCUGGGUGUGUCAAUGCCCGACGCAUUGAGGAAGCUAACUCCAUUUUCAGGGAGAUGCCGGUGAGGAGCCUGUUAACGUGGACUGUGAUGAUAUCGGGCUUGGCACAAAAUGGUUUUGGAGAAGAAGGUUUGAAGCUAUUCAACCAGAUGAAGUUAGAGGGACUGGAACCGUGUGAUUAUGCAUAUGCUGGAGCAAUUGCCUCUUGUUCUGUUCUUGGAUCAUUAGACAAUGGGCAACAACUACACUCUCAGAUAAUCCAAUUAGGUCAUGAUUCAAGCCUCUCAGUUGGCAAUGCACUGAUUACAAUGUAUUCAAGGUGUGGUCUUGUUGAAGCUGCCGAUACAGUGUUUCUCACAAUGCCGUAUGUGGAUUCAGUAUCCUGGAAUGCCAUGAUUGCAGCUCUUGCACAGCAUGGACAUGGUGUCCAAGCGAUUCAACUUUAUGAAAAGAUGUUGAAGGAAGAUAUAUUACCUGAUAGGAUAACUUUUCUCACAAUUCUUUCUGCUUGUAGCCAUGCAGGUUUGGUCAAAGAGGGACGCCAUUAUUUUGAUACAAUGCGUGUUUGUUAUGGUAUAACCCCAGAAGAGGAUCACUAUUCUCGUUUGAUUGAUUUGUUAUGUCGUGCUGGUAUGUUCUCAGAAGCCAAGAAUGUCACUGAAUCAAUGCCUUUUGAGCCCGGUGCACCAAUUUGGGAGGCUCUUCUUGCUGGUUGUUGGAUUCAUGGGAACAUGGAAUUAGGUAUUCAAGCUGCUGAUCGACUCCUAGAGCUUAUGCCACAGCAAGAUGGAACCUACAUAAGCCUUUCCAAUAUGUAUGCUGCUUUAGGUCAGUGGGAUGAAGUUGCCAGGGUGAGAAAAUUAAUGAGGGAGCGAGGGGUUAAGAAGGAACCUGGUUGUAGUUGGAUUGAGGUUGAAAACAUGGUCCAUGUCUUUUUGGUUGAUGAUGCUGUGCACCCUGAGGUGCAUGCAGUGUACAGAUAUCUGGAGCAACUGGUACAUGAAAUGAGGAAAUUGGGUUAUGUUCCUGAUACAAAGUUUGUAUUACAUGAUAUGGAAUCUGAACAAAAGGAAUAUGCUUUGUCUACUCAUAGUGAAAAACUUGCUGUUGUUUAUGGAAUUAUGAAACUCCCUUUGGGAGCUACAAUUCGGGUUUUCAAAAAUUUGAGGAUAUGCGGGGACUGCCAUAAUGCAUUCAAGUAUAUUUCUAAAGUAGUGGACCGAGAGAUAAUUGUGAGAGAUAGGAAGCGGUUUCACCAUUUUAGAAAUGGUGAAUGUUCUUGUAGCAACUACUGGUAGGAAGAGGUUCUGUUAUUUGAUUAUCAUCAAUGAUUAAUGUCAACACUCAACAGCACUCUAAGGAACUUAAAAUAUAUGAAGUGUGACAUGAAGCCUUUGCAAUUUGGAAUUCAAAACUGAGACUGAUAAUAGCCCCAAACUGAUCUCCAUGAUCACUGGACAAUGGCAAAGAGUUGAAAGUAUUCCAUGAUCUUCAGUUUGUUCUUGCAGUCUAAAGGAUGGAAAUUUGCCUUCUACUAAUCCACCUCUAUUGCACAUGGACGACAGAGUUCAUUAUUGCUAUAUCAAGUCAUUAACCAUGUGAAUAGAGGCCAGUAACAUUAUUAAGAAAAAUCAGUUUAAUAUUGCUCAUGAUGUGGCUGGCUUUGUCACUAAUGCCAUGUCAUCUAAGCUAUCGUUGUUACUUCAGUUUCAACUUUUGCUUCAAGCGUUUGUUAGCUUUAACAAUUGCAUCAGGCACUGUAAUUCAAUUCAGUGGUGCUCAGUUUAAAUGCCCAGGCAGAUGAACAAUGAUACACAGAGCUAUUAUGAAAGUAAAAGAAACAAAUUUCUGUACGCUGUUAUUGACUUAUGGUCAGUGGCCAUCAAUGUGCAAGAGAACUCCAAGCAGAACACUCUCAAGUCUCAAUCUUAAGUAUCAGAGAAGCUCUAGUUAGGCUCUCUUACGCAUUGCUUGUGCUAAUAAAAAGUGAGAGUAAUGACCAUAGAAAUCAUCUCCCCAACAUAUGGCAAGUUCAAUAUAUAGAACAACCUGAGAAAAAAAAAAUAGAAGCAUUCUUAUUAGAGAUGGAGAACUAUUUAUACUAUUGCAGUAUUGUUGGAGCCGUGGAGGUUCGUGAAUCAAAAACGGUUGUGAACCUUUUACAACCGAGAAUCAUCCUGUCAUCCUGACUGUACAAUCGUGCUCUUUUUAAGGGUGCUAGCUAUGGCUUUGAGCCUUUAAUGUGUUUACAUUUUGGAGUUAUUUAUUUUGUUUAUUUUUUUGCCA